GCAGCAGCAGAAGUCACCGAGAUUUUGGUCCACCCCGAAAAGUUCUCUUCGCCGAGUAGUUUCCCGACAAAGCCAAACCGAAAAGAAGAUGAAGUUGCCAGCAGUAGUGAUCCUUUUGGCCCUCGGCCUCCUGGCCGUGCAGGCGGCUCCCGAGAAGAAGCUGGCCCAGAAGUCGAGCCAGAUGGAGGAGAAGGAGGUGGCCAGCGGGGCAGCAGGAGCUGCCGGCGCCAAGGAUCCCUCCAGCGGCAGGCUCUUCCUGAAGAAGUUCCUCACCUUCAAGAAUCUGUUUAGCAGCAGCAACCAGCCGGUGAUUCCCAUCAUUAUCACGGGUGCGGGCACGGGCACGGGCACGACCACGAACACGGGCACGGGCACCUCGCCCACGGUGACGGUGACCUCGACGGGAACGAUUCCCUCGGCCACGGGCACCAUCACCACCUCCCCCACCACCACAAGCCCAACGCCCCAAAGGACCUUCGGGCCAACGAUUGUGAAGGGAGCCCGCUACGGCAGCGUCGACCAGGACGAGGACCAGGACCAGGACGGCGAGAAGGAGCAGGACCUCGAUCAGGAGCAGGAACAGGAACAGGAGCAGGAGGCGCAGCUGCCCGCCCAGGCCUAUCCCGCCGAGCUGAUGGACGAACAGGCGCUGCAGGCCGCCCUGGCAGCCGGCGCCCAGGAGUACGAGGUGGUCACCGAGCAGGAGGUCCAGGGCACCGCCGGAUCCGCCAGCUUGGCCGGCACCGAGAGCAAGGCCACCCAGAGCAACCACAUCAGUCUGCGGCGCAAGGGCGCUCGCCGCGGCCAGGUGAUCAGCGUGCGCAUCCCGCCCCGCUACAGGCGCUACUUCAAGAACGGCCAGAAAGUGAUGCUCAACACGGGCAGUCGGCCCGCCACCAAGCGCCGUGUCGUCCGCAAACGCGUGCCGGCCAAGAAGAUUAACAGGAACAACAACCGCAACGGCAACAUCAACAGGCGACGCAACGGCAACAACAACAAGAAGAAUCGCCGCAACAACCGCAACAAGAACCGUCGCAAUCGCAUCACCGCCGUGUAAAGGGGUAUCCUGGAUCGGGAGCGCAGGAUCACUCGGUCGAUCCGCCACCCACACCCCCACUAGCCGACAUGAACAAUUUUUUUUUUUCUAAUUUAUUGUAGCCUUACUUCGAGACUGCCACACUUCCUGCGGCGGGACAUAUGACAUU